CCUCACAGGAAAGAGGAAGAUGAAGAAGGAGGGAUAUAAUACUAAAAUGGUGGCUGUAGCUGACGCUAGUUUGGCUGAAAAUCAUUGUUAGCCAGUUAUAUAAUUGCACACUGUUUGCAUUAUAUUUUUAACCAAACGAAAAACCAAGACCACGGUCAAACUUUAAUCGUCUGGAAUUGUUCUGUUUCGCUAUUAGCUACCUUGUUGCUAUUUCGGCUAGUUGCAUUAGCUUCAUCUGCCAAUUACACGACGUACCCUAAAAACAACAACUUAGUUGUGCGGUCAAACGUCUGCUUUUCAAACGGAUAACAUACACAUAACAGAGGUCAUGGAGGAGGGGGAGAUGGAGAUACGAAUUACUGACGUCAGAGGAGGACUUAAAGAAGAAAAUGUGUCAUGUGAGACUUCUCCUUCAUCAAAUGAAACUCUCUGCAAGAAAAGACAAUGGGAGGACCUUUCUGACACUCCAGGAUUUGUAAAGAAACCAGUGGUGGUCUUGACCAGACUCCCCGACUAUAAGAUCAGUGCCCUGCGACCACCAACGCCUCCACAGUUCUACAGUGAAGAUGAAUCACUCAGCAGCUCUGAGUCCGAUGUGCAAUGGGAGCCAGGAAAUGAUUCAAGCAGCUCUGAUAACCCGAGGCCAAAGAGCAAAGUGAAAAAUGGACAACACGCAAAUAAUUCAACAAAAGCAACAGUCACACAACAAAGAGCUAACAAUGUGCCAGAAGCAUCCCCUAUCAUCAUAUCAACAGCUUUUGCUCUUUCCCCUGAUGAAACCAGAAAUGUCAGACCAGCUUUACCUGAAGUAGAGCUCACAGUUGGCAUGACUGUCCUGGCACGGAAGAAGCAGAUGCGAUGGCAACGGGGGGAAAUAGUGGAGAUAUUAACAAGAGAAGAGGACGGGCGAGUGAAGUACAAAGUGAAUUUUGAAGAAAAGGGGAAAAGUCUUGUGUCUGGUCAUCACAUCGCCUUCAACAACCCACCGAAGCUGGAGGAGCUGUAUGUCGGGGCUCGUGUGGUGGUCAAUUGUCCCGAUAGCAAGUCCCGGUUCCAGACUGCCAUUUUGGCAGAACUUCCCAGCAGACGGAACCGAUUAAGGUUCCUGGUGUUUACUGAUGAUCACGUGCCCAUCUAUGUCGGUCUACCUUUACUACACCUUGUGUGCAGACCAUUGGAAAACGCUUUAGAUGACCUUCCAGCUGGUCCACACAAGUCCUUUAUGACCCGGUACCUGAGGGACUGGCCGUACCCACAUUUAACUCUGUACAAGGCGGGACAGAACAUCGCAGUCGAAUUAGAAGGAGCCCAGCAGAGGUGUGAUGUGGUGGAGAUCGACUCCAGCUUGAUGCAGGUCCUUUUUGUGGAAAGCCAGAAAAAAGAGUGGAUCUAUCGGGGCUCCACACGACUUGAACACAUGAUACGAAUCUUAAGAUUAAGAGAAAUGGAGGAGUCAAGGGAUGACUCUGGCUGAAAGCCCACUGAAAACAUGUAACAUUUAUUGCCAUUAUGAGGAAGACAGGAAACAUCUUAUUCAUUUACAAAACCCACCUUUUGUUGAAGACUGGUUUUCUCAUUGUGUAAAUACUUUCCUUUAUUUUUUUAGUGUAUAUAAAGUGAAACAUCACCCCUUGGUCUGAGCCUAAUUCCAUUACAUGAUAUGAGGAGUAGGUUCCAACCCAUGUAAUCCAGAGGAGUGUACUACAAAGUGAGCUCAGUAUACCCAGGGUUUCUGCUACAUUGCUUAUAGCUCUAGUUAGAGGUAUUGUGCAUGAUGAAGCUGAACUUUGUUCAGGUUGUGUGUGCAUUAAAUAAAGGGGGCAAUUUGAGUUUCAUUCAGCACUUUAGAAGAGAGACAUUGCAGAAGACUGUUUUGAUCUGUUAAUGAUUUUUGCUUUCCAACAAACUUUCAGUGUUUCUUGUUUGUUUCUGAUGUAAAAUCUUCCCUCAGCACUACUCUUAAACAAUAUUGAUUCCAGCAGUAUAAACAGGCGCUAUAAUUAGGUCGGACAGCUUUAAUACCAUAAAAACAUGAAUAUUUGGGUUUGUUAAAGUCGAAUAAGUUUACUGAAGUUAUUGGAAACAUGAUCGUGUAAUAGAGGCCACAGUCUGUGGAUGAUAUCUUAAGACUAUUCAGUUCUAUUGUUUUUUUUUCUGUUAAACAGUCUGUGUCAAGCAAACUUUUCCAAAUAUUAAUAAACAUUAUAACGCUUGUUUCUUAAGAUGCUGGACCCUCCUUAAGCUGUCAGGGCGAUUUGCUAGAAUUAACUGCGUGAACACAAAUGCAUAGUUUUCCUCUGUACCAUUACAAACAACUUUAUCACUCAAAAAGUGCAUAGUAACAUUUUUUAAAAUGAUUCCACCACUGAAGAAUUUUCUUAUGUCAGAGCUACAGCACUUUAAAACAAAUUUUAAGCUGUAACUCUAGACAUACUGUUACCAGUCAGGCUAUUACUCUAGAGAAAGUUACAGUGGUGAUCUACUUGGGUCUGAAGAGAGCGAGCUUGGUGACAGACAACUCUGAGAGAAGGCCCAUUAGACCAGGCUUGCCUUCUGACCUCACUUUGUGGUACACCCCCUGUUUUUUUAUUAUCAUUCUUUAGAAAUGAAGGAAACACCAGCAUUAUUGAUGUUUCUUCAUACUGCAGUCAAUCCAAGUGAUUGUCUAGAUUUUCUUUCUUUUUUUGUUUGCAUGUAAAGUAUUUAGCCAUUUCUAUCCUUGCUUUUAAGUUCAUGUGUCUUUUUUUUUUUUCUUUUUUUACUGGUAAACACUGAAAUUGACUCCAGUGUGUCUACGUAACCAUCAAAUCCUACAGAAUUAGGAUAAACAAGACUGUUUUCUUUAUAAUACCCAAAUCUGCUUCCCCUGGAUGGACAUUGAAAGGGGAGGUUCAGCCAAAUUUCUUUAAUUUACAUUUUUCAUGGCAAAGAUUCACGUAGAGUCAUAGUUUGGCUGCUUAAACACACCAGGAUGAGAUGGCCCCAUUUACAUGAGAGACCAAAUCAGCAGAGAAUAGGAAGAGGCUGAAAUCACCUGUAAGUGAAUGUACCUCACAGAAGCUCUAAACAGUGUAUAAAUCUUUUCCCUUAUUUCCUUAUAGUGUUCAGAUUUCACUGAUACUCGUAUGUACAGGUUGCUCUUUGAAUAAAUCCCAAGUUUCAAACUGAA